CUCCAAGCUGUGCUAGAAUUUAAGAUGGCGAGUGUUGGAGCCUCCGCACUGCGGAGCGGUUUAUCGAGACGAAUAGGCGCAAUAUUGUCUUCAAAUCUUCGUACAAGGGUUGCCACAAGUUAUUGUGAUAAGAGGAAUGUUUCUUUGACAUCACAAUGUUUUGGUGUGACGCCCAUCCAGCUCACCAUGCCUGCUCUAUCACCAACUAUGACAGAGGGUACUAUUGUGUCCUGGCUCAAAUCAGAAGGGGAUCCAAUAGCAGCAGGAGAUGGUAUAUGUGAGAUAGAAACAGAUAAAGCUACCGUCAUCAUGGACGCAGAUGAUGAUGGCAUCAUGGCUAAAAUCUUGGUCCUGGAGGGAAGCAAGAACAUCCCCAUAACCUCCCUUAUAGCGCUCAUGGUUCCAGAGGGAGAGGACUACAAGGAUGUGGAUAUACCAGCGCAGACCGCACCCGCUUCCACCCCCGCCGGGGAUUCCCCCAAACAAUCCGAGGAAGGUGUCUCGGAGAGUGCGGAGUUCACUAGCAUGAGGCAUGCAGUCACGAAAUCUGGAGAAGGAUUAUCUCCAGCUGUUAGAGCGUUGAUUGAGCAACACCAAAUUGAUCCUUCAUUAAUCACACCUACUGGCCCACAUGGAAGACUUCUCAAAGGAGAUGUGCUUAAAUUCAUAGAAUCAGGUGGGGCAGCUGCCGCACCCCAGCCUGCAGCGGUUCCACCUCCUUCACCGGCCAUGCCUGCUGUGCAACCGCCCCCUGUCGCCGAGAGGGUUGCGCCACCUUCUUAUACACGGACAGAGGGAAUGUUUUCAGAAGUAGAGCUGACAGGUAUGAGGAAAACUAUCGCAAAGAGGCUCACAGAAUCAAAGACCACCAUACCCCAUUCAUACUCUAUGGUAGACUGUGAGUUGACUGAGAUUGUAAGACUACGCAAGCAACUCAAGAAAGAUAAUAUCAAGGUUUCUGUCAAUGAUUUCAUCAUUAAAGCUGCUGCUGUUGCACUGAAGCAAGUACCUGAAGUCAAUGUUAGUUGGAAUGGACAACAAGCCACGCCCCUUACUAGCAUUGAUAUCUCUGUCGCCGUAGCAACAGAUGGAGGUCUGAUCACGCCCAUCGUGAAGAGCGCCGAUGCUAAGGGUCUCGUUGAGAUUUCUGCAAAUGUCAAGGAUCUAGCAACAAGAGCUCGUGCAAACAAACUGAAGUUAGAUGAAUUUCAAGGAGGAUCUUUUAGUAUUUCAAAUCUUGGAAUGUUCGGCAUUUCCGAGUUCAGCGCGGUCAUUAACCCUCCCCAGUCCUGCAUCAUGGCCAUUGGGACGUCCAAGCUGGCCAUCGGGAAAGACCGCAAACCUUUCACCUACAUGACCGUCACCAUGUCCAGCGAUGCACGCGUCGUAGAUGGCGCCCUAGCUGCCAGGUUCUUAGAGAAAUUCAAGCAAAAUAUUGAGAGUCCAAUAAGGCUCGGGUUGUUGUGAGACUGAGAUGAUAUAUAUGUAUAUUUAUAUAAGAUGAAAAAUAUGUUAUAGUCUGGGUACUUUGUUGAAAAUUCUUCAAGGGACUGUUUCAGAGAGAGUUGCAAUCAAAUGCUACAAAUCUAAAUUGCAACUUUCAACCAAUGAAAUUGGAGUACUUGGGACUUGUGCUUGAAUUUCGAGGUGUGUUUGAAUGCAACUCUUUCUGCAACGAGCCCCAGUGCAAGUUCAGGCCCAAACAGCAAGUAUUUUGAAUAAUUGCUUUUAUCAUAUCCAUUUACAUUGACUUAUGGGGUGGUACAGGUAACUGUACUGGUAACAGGUAAAUGUAUUUGGGUUCCCUAAAUCAAUCAUAUAUCUGCAAUUGCAAGAAAUUAGUUAAGCAGAGUCAAAACAAAGACUAAAAAGUGGGUUAUUCUCCACUCUACUAGGAUGCCCUGCUUGAGAAAGGGUAUGGAUUAUAAUUGCCAAAUAUGCCGGAAGGGCAGCUCACCUUAAUUUAAUCUGUUGAUGCUUGCGUGACAAUGCCUGGUCAUCGAUCACUGUUUAACCACUCCUCUAUCUCUCGUCAGAUGCAUGUAAGAUUUUUUUACAGGCAUGUAUGAUAAAAAAUUAGGACGUGGUUUGUGUGAGGAUGGUAAAGAACCAAAAUGUUGAAUUUAGAAUGACUUUCAUACAGGAUCAAAGACAGUAGUGAAUAUUCUACUUUUAAAGGGGAAGUUCACCCUUAAGAAAACUUUGUUGUAAAAAUAGC